AUGAAAGAGGUAUUUGAGGUCGCGGAAGAUAAGGCUAAAGCGGUUCUAGACACGCCGGCACCAAGGAACAAGAAGGAACUUCAGAGUUUGCUUGGGAAAAUAAACUUCCUUCGACGCUUUAUUUCUAAUUCCGCUGGCAAAACCGCAGUCUUCUCUCCUUUGCUGAAGCUUAAAGCAUAUCAAGAGUUUCAAUGGGGACCUGCGCAACAGGCAACUUUUGAUAAAAUCAAGGACUACCUUACUCAUCCACCGGUUCUUCGACCCCCACUGCCUGGAGUUCCGUUGAAGCUCUACAUCUCAGCGUCCCCUUAUUCAAUCGCAGGACUCUUAGCACAAGAUGGUGAUGGAGAGGGGGGCAAGAAGAUUGAGCAUGCAGUUUAUUACUUGAGCCGAACCUUAUUAGACGCUGAAACUAGAUACUCGCCGAUUGAGAGAUUGUGUUUAGCUUUGUACUUCGCCGGUACUAAGCUCAGCCAUUACAUGUUGUCCUUCACUACAGUGGUGGUGGCGCAAACCGAUUUAGUGAAGUAUAUGCUUACCAGACCUAUGCUUCGGUGUCGGAUUGGUAAGUGUAUCUUGGCGUUAUCAGAGUUUUCUUUACAGUAUACACCCUUAAAGGCGCUCAUAGGACAGGCAGUGUCCGACUUUUUGUUGCAUCAUCCUAUUAUGGAGGACAUUGAAGACCAGAACGUGGUUGUUUCCUUCGUUCACACUCAGCCUUGGGUUCUGUACUUCGAUGGUAACAGCACUGAUCAUUUGUCCAGAGCGGGUGUUGCUUUGGUUAAUCCUUCCGGAGUCAGACAUUGUUACUCUUUUCAGCUAGAAUGGAAGUGCACUAACAAUCAGGCAAAAUAUGAGGUCAUCAUCAUUGGCCUGGAGUUGUUGCUUGAUCUGGAGGUCACCGAGGUAGAGAUAUUAGAGCGAGCAUCGGAAUUGUUAGAGCAAUUUGCAGACGUGGUGCUUGACUAUAUUCCUCGAGAACGAAAUUUCACUGCCAAUGAAUUAGCACAGCUGGCUACGGGCAUUCGCUUGGCAGAUGGCGUUCGCGAGAGGAUUUUGAAGGUUCAGAGACGCACAUUACCUUCCUUUAUGGCAAGGAAACAGGUUAACGAUGAAUGGUUGGUAGCGGUUAUUGAUCCCAUUGAUGUAGAUUGGCGGCAACCGAUUAUCCAGUACCUCACUGAUCCUUCUGCACCGGUAGAUAAGAGAGUUAGAUAUUUUGCUACUAACUAUGUCCUUAGAGGUGGUGAGCUAUUGCGCAAGGUAGAAGAUGGCUUGUACCUGCGAUGCAUCUAUGUAGCUGAGGCUACGAGGUGCUUACGCGAGGUUCAUUGUGGCAAUUGUGGUUCUCACCAAGCUGGUCCAAAGAUGCGGUGGCUCAUUCGCCGAUAUGGUUUUUAUUGGCCUACCAUGCUUAAGGACUGCAUCAGCUUCGCGCAGGGUUUUAUCGAGUGUCAAAUGCAUGGGCCAGUCCAGCAUAUGCCUGACGUUCCUCUGCAACCAAUCAUUAAACCUUGGCCAGGUCGCGGUUGGGCUUUAGACUUUAUUGGGGAGAUUCAUCCCAAUUCUUCCUUACAGCACAAGCACAUUCUACUGGCUACAGAUUUCUUCACCAAGUGGGUCGAGGCCAUACCAGUCAGAACGACAUCUUCAGAGGUGAUCACAGACUUUAUCUUCAAAUAUAUUAUCACCAGGUAUGGCAUUCCAGAGUGUUUGGUUGCAGACAGGGGGGUAGGUUUCAUGGCUGAGAAGACCCAGAAGUUCUUAGCUAGCUAUGGGAUAAAGUUUAUGCAUUCUAGUCCUUAUUAUGCCCAAGCGAACGGCCAGGCAGAAGCUAGCAACCGCGUCAUUAUGUCUAUACUCAAACGAAUGUUGGAUGCAAAUCCGCGAUCUUGGCACACAGAGUUGGAUCACACAUUAUGGGCUUAUAGAACUUCCAAACGUACUCUAACUGGUACUACACCCUAUGCGUUGAUGUAUGGACAUGAUGCGGUACUUCCUAUGGAAAUUAAUGUUCAGUCGCUGAGGGUUCGCGAGUAA